AAAAGAAACAUAUAACAUGCAAACAUGCAAUAUAUUUCAAUUGAGUCGUUUUGAACUGGAUGUGUGCUUAUACAAAUUUAUUUGAUAUCGUAUUUAAUCUCAGCAAAAAACAUCAUAGCUUGGGGUCACAUACGUUCGUUGACCGAGCUCUUCCGAAACGGCACGAUAUUAUACGAAUGGUCUGUCCUGUCGGACUGCUGGAGGCGGCCACAGCGCCAUGUUGAACGAAAUCUCCCUUAACAGUGGAAAGGGGCUCGUAAAAUAACAUUCGGGGAAAACGUUUCUGCUCAGUUUUCAUAAAGGAAACCGUCAAGAAUACCCUGGCAAAGGGAAACGAACUGGAUCCUCGGGAACCCCGACCGGGGAGGGGGAACAGCCCCCUACCAUCCGAAAUGAAGAUAAACCACAAUAAUCGCUCGCUAGCUAGCAUUUGCUCGCUAAACUAUAGCUAAGCUAGUUUUCAAGGCUUUUUCUAUCCCAUUUAGCCACCGGCAACCUGCUUGUACAAGAAAAGGCCCGGCAUUGGCGUAACUCGCUAGCUAGUUUUUAUGUGUAUUAUUUUUAAACUAGAUAAGUAACUAGUUAGCUAUUUAUUACUGUAUUUUUUUUUAUUUUGUAACGAUUUGCAAUGAGUUUGCCGCCGAAAGCGGUACCGAAAUCAGCCGCUGCUGUAGGAAGUGGACCUGGAACCGGGCCGUCUCCCUCGAGUCAGCUGCGGGCUACCCUGACCACCGUACCGCUUCCAGGGCCCCCGGUCGCUCAGCAGCCGCCUGCAGUACCACCGACGCAAGUUUUCCUUAAUGCGUUGCACCCUAGGAUCCCAAGAGUACAGCCGCCGCUGGAAGACAGAAUCUUCCCCACACAGCCAGGAGUCACGGCCGUGUAUAGCGUCCAGAGACCUCCGGGCCCCCCGUACACAGCCCAUGAGAUCGGCAAGGCCCACCCCAACCUGGCGGCCACUCCGCCGGGCCACGCCUCGUCUCCUGGCCUCUCUCAGGUAUCAGUUUCCACAGUAUCCACUGCGCAUCUGUACGGCCACCCUAAGGGCUGGGAGGCAGGCGGAGGGUCUCCUUACAGCUCUGGGCAGAAUGCAGGCACCAACCCGCUGGUGUACUCCCCGUCGACGCAGCCAAUGAACGCACAGCCUCAAAGCCGCCCGUUUGCACCGGGGCCUCGUCCUACCCACCACCAGGGAGGAUUCAGACCCAUUCAGUUUUUCCAGAGGACCCAGAUGCAAACGGCGCGGCCCACCAUUCCAAGCAACAACCCCUCCAUCCGACCGGCCUCGCAGACUCCCACCGCCACCGUCUACCCCUCCAACCAGCCCAUCAUGAUGACCAUGACAGCCAUGCCCUUCCCCUCGCCACAGACACCCCACCAGUACUACAUACCACAGUACCGACACGGUACCCCAUAUGUGGGCGCGCCACAGCAGUACUCCGUACAGCCCACGGGUCCCAGUACCUUCUACACUGGGCCUAGUCCAGGGGAGUUCCCCACGCCAUAUGCGGGUCCUCCAUACUACCCUGGCCAGCCUGUGUACACCCCCUCACAACCCAUAAUAGUGCCUACACCACAGCAACCUCCACCUGCCAAGAGGGAAAAGAAAACAAUCCGUAUCCGAGACCCCAACCAGGGCGGCAAGGACAUCACAGAGGAGAUCAUGUCUGGGGUCGGCGGGAGCAGCAACCACCCACCUGUCCGGACCCCACCUCCCACCCCACCCCCUGGGUAGGUAAGGGCAGGCCGACCUCAGUUUUUAUGUCCACACCCUCAUUAUCCUCACAUUUUCUACCUCAAAUCCCAGCAGCUGGGCAGCCAGGUUGCGGAUCACGGGCCCGUUGUGUAUAACGUGGACGCCGCGGCCGCCGCCACCUCCUCCGCCCCCGCUGCCGCUCUCGGCCCCGCUCCCCCCGUCGACUUCAAACCAGAUGACAAGCCAAAACUGGAGGCUGUGACACUGAAGCCUUCAUCCCCAGGGCUGCGACCGCCAGACCCUCCUUCAGAGCGAAGCGGACCUGUCCCACCACACGAACCUUCCACUUCCCCCUCCCCCUCCGCAUCUGCGCCUGUGCCCGUCACCACCACCAUCACCUUCUCUUCGUCUGACAAACCUGAGCUUCCUGCCUGCAGCCCGGAGGCAGGACCCUCUUCUUCUUCUUCCUCUUCCUCUGUAACUCCUGCUACAGCACCAGGCCUUACUCUCAUGGCUAAACCAGAGGCCGCAGCUCAGACCCUCCCAGAGCCCGCUCCUCGCUCAGAGGAGCCCAGACCUGCCCCAGUGGCCCCGAGCUCCACCCUCCAAAGGACCCCUCAGCCCGAGGCCGUACCCAGCCUCAGCCCUAGCCCCAGCCCCAGCCCAGCCGACCUGUCCCCUGUCAGUCCUGCGGUGUCCCCUGCUCCGAGCGCGGCCAUGACUGCUGUUAAUGGUCUGGCUGAGGCUGACUCCGCUAGCUCUGCUGCCCCUAUAGCCGCUACCACCACCACCACCACCACCACCACCACCACCAUCCCCACCACCACUGCUGUCAGUGCUGCUGCUGAUGCUGCUGCUUCUGCUGCUGCUGUUCCUUCUGCUUCCUCUCCGUGCAACAGCUCCAGCCCCCAGCCCAGCUCAGAGCCUCCCCAGCUGCCCUCUCUGCCCCAGCUCAGCCAGACGAGCCCGGCGCAACUGGCCCCGAAGCCUGAAUCAGGCCUCAGCGCUGCCCGGACUCCAAGGGAGCCAGACGCUACCGCCACUGCGGCCGCCGCCACGCCAGUGGUGCCCAAGGAGACCCCUGAGGCUGCUGCUGUGGAGCCGCCAGCCGUUGCCAUGGUUCCUGCGCCAACCAUCUCCUCCACAAGCACCUCCACCUCCAUCAUCAUCACUGCUGCUGUCGCUGCUCCUGUUGCUGCGGGCCCACCCCCAGUUCCAGCUCUAGCUCCUCCCCCAGGCCUGCAGCACCCGCCAGGCCUGCCUGUACCCCAGGCGCUCGUCCAGGCCAAGAGGCCCACGGAGGGCACGGAGGCCCCCAAGGCGGCGAGGGUAGCAGAGGUCACACACGAGGAGAAAGCGGACGCUCAGCAACAGUUAUCCAGAAAAAGCUCAAAUCAAGCUACACCUAGUGCACCAAAGACCUGGAAGAAGCCCAAAGAGGAGCCUUCUGCGGGAUCUGUCCCCGUGCGGACAGAGAGGAGGAAGCGCAGGAGGGUUCGUCCACUGUGGCCGUGGACAAGUCCAGCCCCAGCCCGCCUCCCGUGGAGGUCAAUGCUGAGGUUGAGGAGAAGAAGCAGCCGCUGGCGCCCACGUCCCCGUCUCCGUCACCACCGCGUGGUAGCGGUACCGGCGGCGCCGGUGGUGGUGGAGGAGAACGGCGAACGAGAUCCAGAGCCGCUGAGGAACGGUGCUGAGCACACGUCCGAGACGGACAGCAGCGACAGCGGCCUCACGCCCGGCCCCCGGGAUGGCUCCGGCGACCCUCUUCCACAACUCGCUGAAGAGGACAGGAAGAAGCAGUAUGACCGGGACUUCCUGUUGGGCUUCCAGUUCAUGCCGGCAUGCGUGCAGAAGCCCGAGGGCCUGCCGCCCAUCUCCGACGUGGUCCUGGACAAGAUUAACCAGAACAAGCUGCCGCAGCGGACGGUGGACCCGCGAGUCAUCUCACGGGGGCCAGAUUUCACCCCAGCCUUCGCCGACUUCAGUAGGCAGGUCACAGGAGGCAGAGGAGCACCGCUGCUGAAUGUGGGGGGUCUGCGGAGGCCACCACCACGCAAGAUCAUCAUGAACGUGUCAGUGGACGAUGUGCAGCUGAAGAAGGCUGAGAACGCCUGGAAGCCCGGCUUGAAGAGAGAGACCGCGGCGGUGGUGGAGGACCCCGACUUGUCGAAAACUCAGGAGCUCUUCCGCAAAGUGCGCAGCAUCCUGAACAAGCUGACGCCGCAGAUGUUUAACCAGCUGAUGAAGCAGGUGACCGAGCUGACCAUCGACACGGAGGAGCGCCUCAAGGGCGUCAUCGACCUCGUCUUCGAGAAGGCCAUCGACGAGCCCAGCUUCUCCGUGGCCUACGGCAACAUGUGCCGCUGCCUCGCCACACUGAAAGUGCCAAUGGCAGACAAGCCUAACAGCACGGUGAACUUCCGCAAGCUGCUGCUCAACCGCUGUCAGAAGGAGUUUGAGCGGGACAAGGUGGACGACGACGUCUUCGAGAAGAAGCAGAAGGAGCUGGAAGCUGCCGCCAUGGCCAGUGAGCGGGAGCGUCUGCAGGAGGAGCUGGAGGAGGCCAAGGACAAGGCGCGACGGCGCUCCAUCGGCAACAUCAAGUUCAUCGGCGAGCUCUUCAAGCUGAAGAUGCUGACCGAGGCCAUCAUGCACGACUGCGUGGUCAAGCUGCUCAAGAACCACGACGAGGAGAGCCUGGAGUGCCUGUGCCGCCUGCUCACCACCAUCGGCAAGGACCUGGACUUCGAGAAGGCCAAGCCUCGCAUGGAUCAGUAUUUUAACCAGAUGGAGAAGAUUGUCAAAGAGCGGAAGACAUCCUCCCGCAUACGCUUUAUGCUGCAGGAUGUCAUCGAUCUGAGACUGCACAACUGGGUGUCACGGCGAGCCGACCAGGGCCCCAAGACCAUUGAGCAGAUCCACAAGGACGCCAAAAUCGAAGAGCAGGAGGAGCAGCGGAAGGUCCAUCAGCAACUACUGUCCAAGGACAAUAAGAGAAGACCAGAGUCCCGGGCGGAGUCCCGCGCGGUGCAAAGAGAAGAGACCUGGAACACUGUGCCCAUGACCAAGAACAGCAGGACAAUAGACCCCAGCAAGAUCCCCAAAAUCUCCAAGCCUACCAUAGAUGAUAAGAUCCAGCUGGGUCCGCGGGCGGGAGCCCUGAACUGGAUGAAGGGCAGCAGCGGGGGAGCUGGAGCCAAGGCCAGUGAGUCGGACGCGUCCCGGUCCAGUGGCAGCAGUCUGAACCGCUACUCGGCUCUGCAGUCCUCAAGCUCUCAGGCCCCCAGUAGCCCCUCCACCCCGUCCGACUUCGACUCCAGGAGAAGUCUGAGCAGCCGCGGCAGCUCCGGGCGAGAGCGGAACGACAAGCCGGCGAGCUCAACUCCGUCUCGUCCCGGCUCCUUCUCUCUGGCCAGCGGCGGUAAGGAGCCCUCAGAAGAGCUGUCCCAGGAGGAGCCCCGCAGAGAAGCCCCUGACACGCCCAAACUGCAGGGCAGCGCCCAGGACAAGGCCAAGCCUGAGCGCAGUCGGUCCAGGGACUCGGUAAAACUUGAAGCCCCAGCAGCCCUCUCUCCUGAAAAGCCUGCCCUAUCAGAGGAGGAAAUGGAGAGGAGAUGCAAAGCCAUCAUUGAUGAGUUUUUGCACAUUAAUGAUUAUAAGGAGGCGGUGCAGUGUGUGGAGGAGCUGGAGCAGGCGUCUCAGCUGCACAUGUUUGUGCGGGUGGGGGUGGAGUCCACGCUGGAGCGCAGCCAGAGCACACGAGACCACAUGGGUCAGCUCUUCUUCCAGCUGGUGCAGGCCGGGACCCUCUCCAAACUCCACUUCUGUCAAGGGUUCUCUGACACCCUGGAGCUAGCAGAUGAUAUGGCCAUUGACAUUCCCCAUAUAUGGCUGUAUCUAGCGGAGCUGGUCAACCCCAUGUUCCGCGAAGGAGGAAUCUCUAUGAGAGAAUUAUUUAGUGAAUUUAGCAAACCUUUACUCCCUGUGGGAAGAGCUGGGAUAUUAUUUUCUGAAAUAUUGCACCUUCUAUGCAAACAAAUGAGCCAUAGGAAAGUGGGGGCCCUAUGGAGGGAAUCAGGACUGAUUUGGGCAGAUUUCCUCCCCGAGGGCUCCGAUGUGCACAGCUUUAUCGCUGAGCAGAAGCUAGAGUUUACCCUAUCAGACAGCUUGAGCCUCAAUGAAGCACCUUCAAAGAGAACACUCUCGCCUGAGGAGCUGAACAAACACCUUGAAAAGCUGCUCCUGGAGGAUGCGGCGGGCGAUGAACAAAUCUUUGACUGGGUAGAGGCGAAUCUGGAUGAAGCUGAGAUGAGCUCCCCUCCCUUCCUGAGAGCUUUAAUGACUGCUGUGUGCAAAGCAGCAGUGAAAUGGGACGCCUCCUCCUGUAGAGUGGACACAGCCAUCAUCCAGAAGAGGUUGCCUGUAUUACUCAAGUACCUUAACUCAGACACAGAGCGCCAGUUGCAAGCACUUUAUGCACUUCAAGCAUUGAUAGUUAAACUGGACCAGCCCCCAAACUUGCUCCGGAUGUUUUUCGACUGUUUGUAUGACGAAGACGUAAUCUCGGAGGAUGCGUUCUACAAAUGGGAGUCAAGCAAAGACCCGUCAGAGCAGCAGGGCAAGGGUGUGGCCCUCAAGUCCGUCACAGCCUUCUUCACCUGGCUGCGCGAGGCCGAGGAAGAGUCAGAGGACAAUUGACGAAGGGCUGCAGGACAAAACUAAAAAAAUAAAAAAAAAAAAACAAUAGGAAGAGAAAAUGGACAUGUUUGCCAAUUAGUGCUAAAAAGGACAAUGGUCGCUGCAAAAAAAAAAAAAAAGAUAACUGCAUUAUCUAAAACAAAACAAAACAUAACAAAGCCACACAUAUGAAUCGGCUGGAAGAGAAGAGGAUGGUUGGGAUGAAUGGGGUGAGAGGUUUAUGGUACGGUUUUCCACACCCACAGCGACGUGACUUAACUUUGCUGGAGCACUAAACAAAAAGAAGAAGAGGGAAAAAAACAUGUAUUAUUUAUAGAACUAUUUCAGUUAAAAGUUUUUAAUUUUCUUUCUUUUGUUACUUUUUAAGAAAAAGACUUUAAUAAUAUGAAAAAAAACGUGCUACAAAAGAAAAAAAAAACAUCAGUUCAGACUCUUUAAUUUAUUUUUUUUAAGAACUGCAGAUAUGAAAUGUAUUUAACAUUUGCAGGUGGUCAGAAUGUGAAGGCUUUGGAGGAUAUAGAAAUAAUGACUUAAAAUUAUGUUAAUAAUAUUAAUGAUUAAUAAUUAUGGUAAAACCUGUUCUAAACAGCCUCCCUAAUUUACCAGUUGUUCUGUUACAAACAAACAACGCGUCUGGGGCUGAAGACGUAAGGGUACUAAGGAGGAUUCAUGGUUUAGCACGUCAAAAAGUUUAAGGGUAUCAUGGGGAUAGCCACACCAAUUUCUUCUGCUUUAGCUUGCUCUAUGACACAUAUAAUCCGGCAAAGUGGCAGAACUAUGCAUUCAAGCCACUACCAAGAGGCCGUGAAGCAACAACAAAACAUUUGAAUGAAUGGAAAUAAAAGAGCAAGCAUCUUGUACAAAAACACUAAGAGAUGUUGCUGACCCUGAAGUGCUUGUAAUUCUUCAUACUGAUAGAGCAAAUCUAAAGCUUGUAAAUAAAUGGAAAAAAAGAAAUAAAAAAACAAAACCAA